AUGAAGCGUCAUCAACUGUACUUCCUCGUUGGAAUUUUGGAUUUAUGCCUCGCCGCGGCAUCGGUCUGUUCCUCCCCCCCAAAAAUAUACCCUAGGGCACUUCCUCACGAAAUUGUCGAAGGAGCAAAUCCGCUGAGGACAGAGGCAAAUGUGCCAAUUUCCCCAGGCGCACAAAACAAUCCACGGCCUGGAAAGCAGUUAAAUGUGUUGAACGCCCUUCAAGAGAAAUCACCAGGUGAAGAUGGCACCAAAUUUCAGUCACUGCCUAAUUUUAACUUCCUUCGUGUCAAAAAGCGUCCGGAAAAUCUAGCCCUUCCACAUGAAAAUAUUGGUCCACAUGCCGUCACAACUGCUAGAGUCAAAGAAGAGCCAAACGAAAGGAACGACGAAGUCGCGCUCGAUUAUCGACUCGCCUUUUAUCCAAGCACAUUACGACCUCAACUUGAAGAUAAUAUUCCCGAUGUUCAUGGCGGAAAACGAAAAGAUUACCAGGCUGGAAAGGCCACUCACAAUAGCGCUCUAUCAAAAAAAAAAAAAAAAGAGAUGAUGAACGACAAGGGCAAGAAGCCGCUACUCGAUGAACCUACGACUCCCCCUCAAUCCUCCAGAAAACCUCUUCAACUCGCGAAGGGCACAAACUUUAAACCUUCUCCUCGACUAGGACAUUACAGGACUCGAACUCAGCCAGGCAAAUAUUUGGGCUACGAAAAACCGGAGGAGGUUUUUGUCAAACUCAUGGCUGCUGCAGUGCCCCAGCCUUACCUCUGGAACACAGAAACUCGGCUGCUAAUGAUAUCCCUUAUGAACAAAAUUUUCGAAGAUACUUCCACAUUGAAAAAACUGGACGAGACUCGAGGAGCCCUGCUGGCUGCAAUAGAGAAUUCGCCCCUUGCGAGAAGGUGGAUGCGAGUACUCGAACAUUUGAAAUUGGAAAUCUCACCUUUUGUUAACAGCCUGGGAAAAGACAAGUUGAAAGAGCUCCAAGCUAUUCUCAGCAAGAAGGAAGCUGCAAAGAAAGCGUAUAAGCCAGCUUACUGCAAACCCGACAUGAGUACUGAAAUCCACGAUCUUGAACCUUUGUUCAAAUCGGUAGCUGGUCAUCUUCAAAUCGAUCCUCAGGAAUAUAUUCCCUGGAAGGAGGCUCAGAGUGAGAAUGCAAUUUGGACAUCGCAUCCAGAUGGGUCAAGUGCUGAAAUGACAAACCAGGAGCUAGCAAAAAAUGACGGCGAUCGUGUGAAACCCACCCGGAGGAGGAGGAAAAGCGCGAACCGCGAUAUCGGAAUCCUUGCCAAUUCCAUUAUUGUCGAUGGAGAAGUGUCUGCGAUGCUCAAAUGGGAAUUUGGGAAAGUUGAUCAUCCAGAACGUCCAUCGGCUUUCAGGUACGACGGUGUUGGGAACGGUAUCAUGGAAAUAUACAAAGAUUCUCUCGAAUUGAAAGAAUUGAAAUAUUUACCCGAAUCCCUCUCAGCAAAAGAGGAUGCUUUUAGGAGAGUUUUGGUAAUCUUCACUUAUUUCUUGAAGCCCAUGUUUCUGGCGAAUGGUUCAGCUUUUUUCAACUUGUGCGAAGAGGCAACUCAUAAUUUUGAAUCGGUUGCAACGAACGCAGUGGAGAUGUUACAGGUUUUCAAAGCAGGAAACCAUGCAGUGAUGGCUCAAGUUGAGAACAUCAGAAAAGGAUCGCCCCAAGGGAUGAAGAAUCUGGACCAAAUCACCAUCGAGGAAGUCGGCGACAACAUGGGAGAAAACCAGGCACCCCGCAGCCAGAACCAAGCCUUGAAAUUAAGCUGGGUUGAAAAAAAUGGCUGGUGGCAACUCACUCACAGCUCCAUUGACAAAUGUUAG